AUGUUCGGUAAGAAUGAGCAAGCUUUGCCUUUACAUCAAAUUAAAAAAAGUAACUCAAUUAGGACAACUAAAUACACUAUUUUAUCUUGGGCUCCGCUAUCUAUACUAUUUCAAUUUAAGAGAGCUGCAAACAUAUACUUUUUGAUAAUCUCAGUUUUGACUUGUCUUUCAUUUUCGCCAAAGAGUCCAAUUUCAAUGAUCGGUACUUUUGCAGCUGUAUUAAUAUUUACGAUGUUUAAGGAAGCCUAUGAGGUAUUAGAAAGAAAGACAAAUAAUUUUAAAGAAAAAAAAUGGUCCAAUGUUAAGAUCGGGGAUAUAUUACUUGUGAAUAAGGAUAUGGAAUUCCCAGCUGACCUUCUGUUGUUAAACUCUUAAAAAGAUAUAGUAUACGUGGACACUAUGAAUCUUGAUGGAGAGACAAAUCUUAAAGAGAAAUAUGUCUUCAAUUAGGAUUUUAACCUUGUUUAAAUUUCAGAUUUUGAAGGUUACGUAUGCUGUGAUAUUCCUAAUGAGAAUUUGGAUGAAUGGGAUGGGAAUAUCGUUCUAGGAAAAGAUUAAAUUAUUAAUUGCAGGACAGGAGACGAAAAUCAUGAAAAAUGCUAAGAAACCUCCAAAAAAGGUUUCCAACAUUAUGAAGAAAAUGAAUUAAAUGCUCUACACUGUUUUUGGCUGCUUACUUUCUGGGUAGCUUAUUCUCAUCUUAUACCUAUUUCCCUUUAUGUGAUUAUUGAGAUGCUUAAACUAACUUAAGCUUAUCUAAUAGGCAAGGAUCUUAAGAUGUAUGAUAUUGAGACAGAAUAAUUUGGAAUAUGUAGAAAUUCGGAUUUAAUUGAGGAAUUAGGGCAAGUUGAUUUUAUCUUUAGCGACAAAACUGGAACUUUAACUUAGAAUAAAAUGAUUUUUAAGAAAUGCUCUGUUGGUAAUGUAAUUUAUGGAGAAUCCCAAUAAAUUGACGAUCCUUAAUAAGACGAAUUAGUUUAAUCUUCUAAAGAGAAAAUCUUAAAAGAAAUGUUUGAUAAUAAAUAGUUUUCAGAACAUGGCUAAUAGCUAAUGCAAUUCUUUAGAACUUUAGCUGUGUGCCACACAUGCAUGGUAGAAAGAGACAAAGAUAGUGGAAAAUUAAAAUAUUCUUCAUCUUCUCCUGAUGAAUUAGCUCUUGUUCAGGGAUCAAAACAAGUUAAAAUAGAAUAUAUAGAAAGAUCUUCAACUAAUAUCAAGAUUAAGUUAAAUGAAGAUGAGACAGAGGAAUAUGAACUGUUGGUGGAGUUUCCAUUCGAUUCUACCAGAAAGAGAAUGACUUUGAUUGUUCGAAAUUCAUAAACAAAAAUGAUUACAUAAAUGACUAAAGGUGCAGAUUCGAUUAUGAUACCAAGAAUUAACUUUGGUAAAAAUGAAUAAGCUUAGGUUGAGAAGGAUCUUUAUAAAUUUGCUUGCGAAGGAUUAAGAACUUUAGUAUUUGGAAGCAAAAUUCUAUCAUAAGAUGAUUAUCUCGAAUUCAAAAAGUAAUAUGAUAAUCUUAAAAUAUCAACUGAUUCGAAAAAAGAUGAGAAGCUAAAUAUUUUAUUUGAUGAAAUGGAGUAUGGGCUGAACUAUCUAGGAUCAUCAGCAAUAGAAGAUAAAUUAUAAGAGGGUGUUGCAGAUACUAUAGAUACAUUAAUAAACGCCAAUAUUAGAGUGUGGGUCUUAACAGGCGAUAAGUAAGAAACUGCUAUUGAAAUAGGAAAAAGUUGCAAACUUAUCCAAUCAAAUAUGAAAGAAGUUGUCCUUACGAGUAAAAAUAGGGAUGAUUUUAAGACUAGACUAAAAGGUUAUUCUUCUCAGGAGUAUAAAUAAAAGUUAGCAAUUAUUAUUGAUGGGCCAACCCUAAUUUAUGCUCUUGAAGAUAGUUUAACAGCUUAAUAAUUCUUUGCUUUUGGUAUGAGAGCGAAUUCGGUAAUUUGCUGUAGAGUAUCACCAAAAUAAAAAGCAGAUGUUGUGGCAUUAGCCAAAAAAUAGAAAAAAUUCAUAACUCUCUCUAUUGGUGAUGGUGCAAAUGAUGUGUCAAUGAUUUUAGAGGCUCAUAUUGGUGUUGGAAUUAGAGGUAAAGAAGGCACUUAAGCUGUAAGAUCUGCUGAUUAUGCUAUAAGUUAAUUCAGAUUUCUUGAAAGAAUCCUAUUGGUUCAUGGAAGAUAUGGAUAUAUGAGAGUAUCUAAUAUGAUAUGCUAUUAUUUCUACAAAAAUGUAGUACUGGUAUUCACUGAAUUACAUUUUGCAUACUGGAAUGGAUUUUCAGGUCAAAUAUUCUUUGCUGACUGGCUACCAACCCUGUAUAACGCAUUUUUUACUUCUUGGUUAUGUCUGUUUGCCCUCAUGCUUGAAAGAGACGUUGAUGAUGAAUCUUCAUAGAGAAGCCCAUAAUUAUAUGCAGCAGGUCAAAAAGGACAUUACUUCAAUUUCAAAGUAUUUUUACUAUCUUUAUCAUUACUUUUAGAUCUUUUGGAAGUGGAUAGUGUUAAGUAUUUUUCACGGUGCAUAGCAGCAUUCAUAUCACUUGCAAUAUAUUACGGUGCUCUCUUUUUAUUGAGUUAUUACAAACUUUCUUAGUUAAUCCAAAAUGAAUUGACUGGAACAUUCCUCUAACUAUUCUAGCCUUACUAAUCAAUUUAUUGUCUUAUAGUAUUGCCUUUUGCUUUGUUAAUUCCUGAUGGACUUAUUAAACUUACUCAGAAAAUCUUCUUCCCGUCUCCUUCUGAUGCUUUGAUGAUUAAUAUUCUGGAAGAAAUCGAUAAUAAUGGUUAAAAAUCUACUGAACAGGUGAAAAACUUGCUCAGUGAUAAUGCAAUGGAUAAUGAAAUUAAAAAUUAAUUGAAUACUUCCAGUCAAAAUAACAGUUUCAUUAAUGUCUCUCCUACUCAUAAGCUUCUUGAUAAAAAUUCUAGUAAUGAAUAAAAUAAAGCUAAUAUUUCAAAAAUAAUCUAACCUUCAAGACAACAACCCCUAAAUUUGUCAAGCCUAAAUGGAUCUAUUCAACUUGACAUGGGUAUAAAAAAUAAACUUAUAAAUAAACUAGAUCCUUCAGCAAAUAAGUUUGCUUAAUAAAAUGAAAAAAAUAAGGCUAUUGAAAAGAAAAAUAAUGAUCAAUCCUUUUUAUUGCCACAAAUAAAAUAAUAGUUAGUAAUAAACAACUCGGCAACUUAUCAUUACUCAGAUUCAAUAUCAUAACCUAAUGAGAUAAAUUAUUGA